AUGUUGAACUGCCAUGUACGAUAUUUCUGGUUUCGCUGGCGCGUGGGUUAUCGGACCAUAACCAGAUUAAACCAGGUACACCCAGCUUUGGAGUACCAGCUUUCCAAUACUGAAAAGGCAGCCCGAACUUUGCUUGAUGAAACCAAAAUAAUUGAAACGCUUAAACUAAUAACCCCAAGCGAUCUGGUACAAGACGUUCAAUAUUCUAAUUUUCGCAAACCAAAGCCCAUCAAACACUAUCCACCGCCACCGCCAAAAAGUCUAGAAGAAUACAGCAUCAAUAAAUAUACCCGGGACCUUGCCGAGUCAAACUAUCAGUAUUCUUUCCAGGCCGAAAACUACAUCGAUCAAACGCUACAGGACUUAAUCAGCACAGGGGUAUUAAACCUACAAACUUACAAUUGCGUUUUAGAGCACUAUGUUCGAAAAGUCAAUUACCACCGCGCAAGCAUGAUUAAGAAAAGAAUGGACGAGGAUAAUGUGGAACCUGACAUUCAAACGUAUAACCUACUUCUCCAAUUAUACUUGAAGUACGAUAAAACCAAAACAGAAUCAGUAAUGAGUCUUUUUGAAAAGAUGAGGAAAGAGAAUAUGGAGCCAAAUCUGUCGUCUUUGUAUUUUGUAUACUCAAAUCUGAAGCAGAUGGAUCAUCUUCUACUUGAGGAUAUGAUGGUCAUGAAGGUACCUCUUGGAAAUAUCAAUACAGUGAUCGUGAAAAAUAUGGCUAAGUCAGGCGUUCCACCCAAACUCAUGCUUCGAUUUCUUGAGGACCACAAGAUUCACCGUGGCAUUCCAGUCAAUAAUGCAAUGAUUGAAGCUUAUUUGCAGCUCGAACCUGAAUCGGUAUUUGACUAUAUUGAUCAAAUUUCCCAAAACGAUGGUUUUAAAGGGAAUACCAAGACUGCAAAAUUGUUCGUUUCUUACUAUUGCACCAAGGGUGAGCCAUAUUUUGGUCUUUCGUAUGGCAAAUAUUUAGCAGAGAAGUUCCGAUUGACUAAUGCUGAAGAAAUCUACGUCACCAUGCUCUCGCACCAUCUGAACGUGGUUCUCUCACCGGAACGGUGGAUUGCACUGGCUAGAUACUACUACUACAAGGCAAAGAAGCUUGUUCCCGCAAAGUUGAAAAGUCAAAUAAUCGCCAAAUCCCUCACGCUUGACUCCAAUACUAAUUUCAGUGAAGAAUUCACCAAAGACGAAUUACAGGCCUUCCGAAGAAUUGACACCAUUUCCAAUUGGAAAGGGAAGCCUAUCACCAAGAUAUCUGAUAAUACCCCAGAAUACCAAAAACUGGUGGAAGAAUAUUUUAUGAAGAGUUAUUAA